AUGAGUUUCUCUCCUGUUGUCAAUCCGGUGGUCGAUUUUUCCGAAUACCAAGAUGAAGCUGGCCAAUACGCACUUACAAAAAACGUCAUGGACAACGGCUACUGCGUCAUCAAAAACUGCGACAACUUCAAAGACAGUGUCUUCGAAAUCGCCAGCAAAAUCGCAGUUCCUCAGUCGACAAUGUACGGCUUCACGCAAGAAAUCAAGACGGAACCGACUCCGAGGAAUAUCGCAUUUUCGGGCAUCUAUCUCGGUCCGCACAUGGACUUUCCUUACUACGAGUCGCCCCCGGGAAUUUCUUUUAUGCUUUGUCGAAGAAACGAUGAGUCUGUUGAAGGUGGUGAGUCGAUUCUUAUUGAUGCAUUCGAAGUUGCGGAAGAAAUAAGAAGAUGUUCCCCUGAAGAUUUCAAAGUCCUCUGCGAAGUCCCAGUUCGAUACCAGAAAAUUCACUGGGAUCGAGACGAUCCGGUCUACAUGGAAUGGGAGCAGCCUCAUAUCGUCGUCGACAGUGAAGGAACAAUCACAAGAAUCAACUGGGGACCAGCGUUUGAAGGAAAAAGCAAAAACGACUCUAUGACAGCUGAGUAUUUGAAGGCCUACAGAUUGUUCUUGCAAAAAGUAAACGAGUCUCCGACAAAAACGGUUCGAAAACUUGAAGCAGGAGAAUGCCUCGUUUUCAAUAAUCGACGAAUGUUGCAUGGACGAAACGAGUUUGAAUUGAACGGAGGAACCCGUCUUCUUGAAUUGGCGUUUUUGAACAUUUGCGAAUUCCGUUCAAGAGCGCAAGUGCUCGAGAUCACUCAAGGUGAUGGAGAGUUGGUGAAGAUGAUCGGAAAUCAAAAUACGAUUUGA